AAUUGAGCCAAUAGAGAAAGAGAAUAUUGCAUGACCGAGAGAUAUCCAACCAAUGGGAUGUCUUUGGGCGGGGCUACAGGGCACGCCCAGCUAACGUAAGCGUUGUUGUAGGAAGAAGAAGCCGAUUCUGGAAGCCAUUACGUUGCGCACAUCAAUUGAGUAAAUCCUACUAUUUUUGCGUACAAUACGCACAAUUACCUCUCCAAAAGGGGAAUUUGUGCAAUUAUGGCAUCAGCCGCGAAAAAGAGAAAAAUGAAUUUCUCGGAGAGAGAGGUGGAAAUUAUUGUGGAAGAAAUAGAGAAACAAAAGCACACACUGGUUAACCACUUCAACGCUGGAGUCACCCACAUGGCAAAGAAUAACGCUUGGGGGGACAUCCUGAAAAAGGUAAACGCUGUCACCACCUGUCCCAGAGAGUUGCCCGAGGUGAAGAAGAAGUGGUCGGACAUGAAGACGGAGGUCCGGCGGAAAGUGGCCCAGGCGCGGGCUGCUAUAGAGGGAACCUCCGCUGACUGCACUCCAGUCCCCGUCAUCCUCACUGCGAUGCAGCAGAGGAUCUGUAACCUGCUGGGGGAGGCCACCAUCAUCAGCCUGCCUGCAGGAGACUCGGAUGCUGAGAUAAGUUUACCUGUCACCGUGAACGCAGCCGCCACCGUCACACUGGCAGAGACUCUUCCAGCGGGCUCAGCUACAGUCUGUGAUGAAGCAAAGCCACUGACUGCUGAAACUACUUUCCUCACCCUGGAGGAUGGAGGCGUGGUGGAGUACUGCACAACCACUGUGAGUGACUCCACUCCCACCGUGGUGGCGGCCGUUGAGGCUCCAGUGGAGAUGCUGGCUGCCUCCUCGGCCUCUCCCCCUCCACCUCAGAGUCAUGCCAAACCUCAGGAGCUGAAGAGCCGCAUCGCCCUCAACUCCGCCCGCCUGCUGCAGGAGCAGAGGGUCACCAACGUGCACAUCCGUCAGAUCGCCCAGCACAUGGAGGGACAGAACGAGCUGCUGCAGAUGAUGCGGCGCUCUCAGGAAGCUCAGGCGUUCGCACAGGAGAGACAGGCCCAGGCGCUGGAGGGCACCCAGGCCGCACUGCUGGCCUUAGUGCAGCUGCUCAAACCUGCUCUCAAAGACCUGCGCAAAUUCCUCCAGAGUGGGACUGAAGCAGCCAACUCCAGCAGCUCCGCAGCAGAGGAGCAGAGGCCCAGAACACCUCCACCUCCACAGCCGGCCGAGGAGGCACAAUAGACGUGUGUGUGUGUGUGUGUGUGUGUGUGUGUGUGUGUGUGUGUGUGUGUG